AUGACUGGAGCUAAGCUUCUCUUUACAGUACUUUUUGAUGGUGAGUCAUUUUGCGAGGGAACUGAGAUGCAGCUUGAGUGUCGAGAAGGCCGACGGCUAGCCAUGUACUCAGCCACUUAUGGACGCAGCUCUCGGGGACAAGCAGCUCAUUGUACUGCACCAGUUCAUUUUGGAAGAGGUUAG